AGAUUUGGACGACAAUUUGGACGAAUUGGUGGCUUAGCUGUGAACGCCACGACGCACCCUCCCAUCCAGUGAUGCCUCCUGGUCAUCUCGGGGCAUCACCCAUUCUCCGGCGGACCGGAGUCUAUUCCAGGCGGUCUGGCGACCGACUCAUCCCCCCCAGAUUUACUUGUACAUGGCAGGGUACGUGCCUCCCAAUCCCUCACCGUGGUCGCGACCCUAGCCAGAGAUGCGCUCGCGCCAAGGCUGCCGCCAAAGGAUCAAAAGAAGUGGCCAAGGAGAAAUGGCCAACGACACACCGGCCGACAAAUUACUUUAAGUACCCCUUUCCUACCUCGGGUCCCUACUGGAGCUCCAAAAGAAACCACAAGGCACUUGUGUUGCACAAAUCCCGGACACAAGGCACGAAUACGCGGAGAAAAAGGUACGGCGACAAGUGACACAGAAUACAACAAAAACAGAUAACUUAAAUAUUAUUAUUUUAUUUUUUUAUAUAUUUCCGGCGACUGAGAACGAUGGCCAGAAUGGGGCAGACGAAGCCCAGGAUUGGUGACUAGCGGAAUUCGGCCAGGACUAGCAGCAAAAAAUGUAGGCCCUACAAGCGGCAUGAAUCCUCCGACCACUUAGGUUAGGGCCGGCCGAUUUUGGGAUUGGAACGGACUCACCGCUGUCCUCCAGUUUCCGUCGGUUGCUCCCGAUUUCGCCUGAUGGCGGCUUGUGCUGGCGGCCGCUGGCGCCCAAGAGUGCGGGGACCGGAUGCUCGUGCAGGUGUUCCUGGGAAUGAGGGGCUCGCCCAGACCAAACUCCACCGAACGCUCGGAGACGUGAAUGCACCAACACAGGGAAACAAAAAAAAAAAAACCCGUGGCCCGUGCUAUUCGUCACGGCCACGCUGUAAGGAAAAACAUAUAUCCUUUUUAAUAAUGACUAUAGAUUUUUUUUUCUUCGCGCCACUUCCCUCACGUUUUCUAUUUUUUUCCUUUUUUAAAUCACUAGAGCCCCAACGUUACCGCGCCGGCUGACAUCCCGCUAAUCUUUCCCUCUUUCUGUCUCCUGCCUCCCUAUAUAGGUUCCGUUGCCCGAGUUCCAAUUUUCGGCUUACCGUAAUCUUGGGCGCUCAGUGCAACGGCCUAGUGCAAAGGGUAAAAACCCUUUCUCUUACUUUUGAUAUUCCCGGUUCGCUCACCAGUCCCUGCCUCCCCCUGUUCCUACCGACCCUACCUCUAUCGAUAUAUCGAUAGCCCUCCAGCCCAUUCCGAUUGAAAAUGCAACACCACCCAAGGAUUUGGAGAGAUGCUACUGGAUUCCGGCGG